AUGCCAUCCCUGUCUUUUAAAUCAACAAAUUUAAGGGAAUGGGAGUCUCAUGUAACCAUGAGUGGUUUUUAUCCCUAUACUUCGACGUUUCUUGGCCUGAGGAAGUUCUUGACACAACUGAGCCCAUCCAAACUUUAUCUUACUAUCAUAGCCAACCAUAUGGACAAGGCUGACUACGAGAUGGAGGACUUACUAGGUUUACCCUGCACACUCCAACUCGAGAAUUUGACGAUAGAGACCAAAUGUCUUGUGUCUUUAGUAGGUUAUGCUCUUUUUGAUGGCUUGUUUCGGUUAUGCCGCCCAAAGUGCAUAACUCAACAUCUAACUUACGUGCGGGAAUAUGACAAUGAGCGUUGUGUAACCGAUGAUUUCCUUUGCAAGAUACUCGAGCGAGGAAUGAAGGGGCACUAUUCGUACCCAUCUAAUUUCUUGCACGGUCUGCAUGGUCUCGAGGAGGCUUACGUGCAGGCUCCUGCUGACGAGGCUGUUGGUGCGUGGAGACUUGUGACAGGGGAUUUGUGCUCGGAUAUUUCUGCUCUUGCAAGCCAGGAGAGCGACGAGAAGAAAAUUAGAUUCUUAUUGAAAUGGAAGGAGCCUUAG